UCCCCAGGCCCAUUCACACCCUGGGGACGAAUAUGCCAAUCAGCGCAAUCACGGCUCAGUCAUGUCAGUGCCCAAUCCCCCACCGAGUCUCGCGGAUUAAGUGUCUGACAGUCCAAUCCAAAUAGAACUUGAGGUGACAGUCAGAAACUAGCAAUGAGUGAAAAUCACAUUCUCCGUAUAAAACUCACGGAGUCUGCAUCAAACCAUCAUAUCCGCCUAAGCUUGUCCAGCUGCACACGAAAAUCAAAUCACUCUUGGACUAUACUGUGAUUUUUAAUUCUUUGUUUAUAAUUUCGGAUCUAUUUGUUUAUUUAUUGGAAAGUUUCAGGAUUUAAAUUAAAGCAUGGCUGCCACGUGGAGUACUGUUGCUUUCGUUUCGCUGUUCGUAUCUUGCAUGCUGUUUGGUGGGGCUUUCGCAUUUAUAGCAGGUUCCGUGGCCACGUGUGAAGAAGAGGGCAAAGAAGUCAAAGUGAAUCUAGUCGCAAACGAUCCGUGUAUCAAGUGCAUUUGCAAGGGUGGUGAAGUAACGUGUGCCAAGACCACGUGUGCCCCUCUCGAUGGCUGCCACCAGAUCCUCUAUCCCAAGCCGACCAAUUCAUGCUGUGACGUGUGCAAAGGAUGUGUCCAUAAUGGAGUCUCCUACAACAGUGGAGAGACGUGGACGGAUCCCUCCGACCCGUGUAGGGUGCUAACUUGUCAGGUAGGAGCCGUGACGGAUACAGUAAAGAAGUGCCAUGUCCCAUGCUCCAACCCCACCAAGAUACCUGGACAAUGCUGCCCGGCCUGCACAGGUUGUUCAGUUGAUGGUGAAACAUUUCAAGAUGGUGAAACAUUCCAGUCGACCCAAGAUCCCUGUGUUUCGUGUAAAUGUCAUAAUGGAAAUACCAUCUGCUCGAAGAAAGCCUGCCCUGUCGCAAACUGUCCGGCUACCUUCAUAAUCCACGAGGAAGGGACCUGCUGUCCAGUGUGCACAGGAUCCCGAACCACCUGGAAUCUGAAGAACCAUUGUCUAUUCGGUCGCCAUGUCUACAGAAAAGGCGCCACAUUUGAAGCAGACGCUUGUACCUCGUGCGUGUGUCAGGACGGUACGUCCCUGUGUAAAGCCCAGUCCUGCCCGUUGGUCAACUGCCCUCGCGAGGACCAAGUGACGGACGAGGGCCAGUGCUGCCCGAGAUGCAAGCCGAAAAAACAGUGUGAUAGUAACGGAAAGACAUAUGACCAUGGUUCAACUUGGAAGAAAGAACAAUGUACCACGUGCAAGUGUGACAACGGUGCCGUCCACUGUCAAGGUGCCCAAUGCAAUAACGAACUAGAGUGCCCACGAGGUCAACGCCUGCAGCAGCUGCCUGGAGAGUGCUGUCCAAGAUGCGUGGAGAGUGACGCAGUUUGCACCGUGUUCGGAGAUCCCCAUUACAGAAGUUUCGACGGGAAAAUCUUCAACUUCCAAGGCAGAUGCAAGUACACACUGGUUAGGACGUGCCAUGGAAGUAGCUUCCAAGUCCGGGUUCGAAACCACGCGAGAUUGACCGAGAGUUACGCGUGGACAAAGAUGGCGACCAUCUACAUCAAUGGAACCCGGGUGCAUCUACAACAGCGACUCGUCGUCAAGGUGGACCGAAAACGCGUGCAGAUUCCAUUCGAGAGGGCGGGGGAGUUCACGAUAACAAAAGAGGGGCACUCCGUGACGUUUGCAACCCCACACGGAAUCAAGGUUAUCUGGGACGGGGACAGCUACCUCGAAGUCACGAUGCCACCAUCUUACAGGAACAAACUCUGCGGACUCUGCGGAAAUUUCAACGGACUCGAUUCGGACGAUUUUGUCGGAAAGGACGGGCAAAUGUAUUUGGACUCAGAGCUUUUUGGCGAUACCUGGCGAGUAGGGAGUAAAUCGGCAUGUCAGAAAACCAAGAAGAAGGCAAAAACGACACCAUGUGGAAACUCUUUCUCGAGGAAACUUCUGGCACAUCACGAGUGCGGGUUUUUCUUUAGUGCUGCCUUUAAACCGUGUCGAGAUGUUGUGGACGUCAAACCAUAUUACAGGUCUUGUGUGACUGACGUAUGCGACUGCCCCAGCAACCAGCAGUGUUCGUGCGAGGCCAUGACGGCCUAUCAGAGUCUAUGCAAGAGAGAAGGUGUCGAUAUUGGAGAGUGGAGAACGCCGAGGUUCUGUGGAGCACCCAAAUGUCCGAUCGGAGCAAUAUGGGACACUUGCGGACCCGCCUGCCCGUUAACGUGCGACAACUACGAUAAAAAAGAAACGUGUGUGAAGCCGUGCGUGGCUGGUUGCCAGUGCCCAGCCGGGUUGGUACUUCACAACAGCCGGUGCAUAAAAACACGAAAAUGUCCGCAAAACAGAAAGUCAGAUGCUGAUGUCGAUGCGACGCUGAACGAGGCCCAACUUCUUUCGUCGUUCCGGUAGAAACUCCUAGCGGUGGAUGGAGGAAUCAUGAGGUGCUACCAUUUGCCGAGCUGAUCGAGCUUGGGUCAAGGUCGUUGCCAUAGCAUGCACUGCGCAUGCGCAUACGGAUGUUGAAGCCUUGAUACGAGGCGGUGUGUUGGUGCUUGAUGUUGAUGAGAGCGGUCAUCGGUGCCGCUGCUGAUCGAUACGGAUGGGUUGUGGCAAAAAGUAACAUUAUUUGGCUUCACCCCACGCAUAUUGCCAUAGACUAUGACCUUGGACACAUGGGUUGGAGGUUGCGUUUUUGCAGGUAGCUCAGGGAUAACUAGCAGUAGGAAAGGCGAUUGACUUCAAACGAGGAUGAGUUGACAUGAAAACGAAUACAGUAUUGCAUUUUGAAAGACUUUGUAAUGUUUAAGUUACUUGUCUUGCAAACUGACUUAGCGAUAUUUUCAUUUCGCAAGUGGAGUGCUGGUACUGCAAUAGAUUUCGGGAAAAUGAAUGAAAAUAAGGUGUUAUUCGUGCAGCAGAGGCUUGAUGCUAUCAUCUAGCCUCGUGAGUAGGGUCAGAUCAACAGAAAACUAUCAUUGAAUAAGAUUUGGUCAUUUACAUGUACAUUGACAUUGUACUGUACAUGUGUAUUCCGGAAAUUGAACAAAACUGUUCACGUGACUCACAAUUACUAGUUUGAAAAUUUGACUGUCAGCAUUUUUUUAGUUAUGAAUGUUGACACUGUGUGAGUGCGCUAUAGUAUAUAUAGACCUAUACCGAAUAUUUGUUGUCAAAUCAUACGUCGUUGUGAAGCAUUUACGCAUUCGAAAAGCCAGUGUCUCUUGUAACUGCCUCGGGAGUCUGUCUGUACCAGAACCGAAAUACAGUGAGGCCAGGUGCAGCGUUGACGUCAUGCAUGUACGGAUUGUGAUUGGAUAAAAUUUUGUGUGUUCAGAUUCAACGGAACAUAAUUCCAACCGGUCCACAGAUUGGACAUUGCAUAUUACACGUGUUAAGUUAUUUGUACAUUUUCUCACUGUAAUUUAUGCAUCCAUGUAUAAACAUGUAUAUACAUUGUAAAACGGUGUAAAUAAAUGUAAAUGUUUCUUUUCUAA